AUUUUCCUCUCAGAGAAACGUUACGCGCGGCAUAACAAGGACGUAAAAAAACGCGCGGAUCUAUUCGUCAAUACCAUCGCAAGUAGCCUAGUGACAGACCCCUGGUCAAAAACACAAUUGACCUCUGAGGGAAAUUGGCAUAGGGUAGUCUAUCAAUUAUCACGGAGCUAGACAGCCAGUGUCAACAACGGAUUGCAAUGGGAACAUUUAUUCUAAUAGAGCAAUAAUGAACUGUGAUAUAUGAUUCUUUACAGCGACGUAGUCAUGACAUCCACUGACUGCUGAGUAGCCGGGUGGCUGGACAGGUGCUUUUUGAAAUCCAUUUGCUUUCAAAAACGCAUCUUACGCUGAAGGAUGCCUCAUGCCAUGCCGCGAUUUUAAAUCGUGAAAUUAAAUGUAAAGGAGAGAAAAGGGGGUGUGCGCGCAGUCUGCAAAAUUAUUCAGAGAGCAGCUUGAUGCUCUGUCGGAAGCAUUUUGGAAUGGCAUCUACAAUUGAAAGGAAGACGAUGGAGACAAACGAGGAGCCGGUUGACGAGGUCCUCCAGAUGCCGCCAUCGCUGCUGACUUGUGGUGGCUGCCAGCAGAGCAUUGGCGACCGUUUCUUCCUGAAGGCGAUAGAACAGUACUGGCACGAGGACUGCCUGAGCUGUGACCUGUGCGGAUGCCGCCUUGGCGAGGUUGGCCGGAGGCUCUACUACAAACUGGGACGCAAGCUGUGCCGACGAGAUUACCUGAGGCUAUUUGGUCAGGAUGGGCUCUGUGCGUCUUGCGAUAAGCGGAUCCGUGCUUUUGAGAUGACCAUGCGAGUGCGGGACAAGGUCUACCACCUGGAGUGCUUCAAGUGCGCAGCCUGCCAGAAGCAUUUCUGUGUAGGAGACCGUUACCUGCUCAUCAACACAGACAUUGUUUGCGAGCAGGAUAUUUUUGAGUGGACAAAGAUCAACAGCAAUAUGUAGGGGAUGUUUUUGCAUCGCGUUGCCUCAUCAUUUAGCCCUUCGCCACUUCAGAUGAAUAGCAGUGUGUCGUUAUUGAAGACGACGUACAGUAUGAAGAGUGAUGUGCCACUUUUUACAUCCCCAAAAAGAAGCUAGCCUGUGCAGCUUCAGUGCUGGUCCGUUACCAGGUUGACAAGGAUGUUUCACCAGCACUCAAAACACAAGAUACACAGCCCUAGUAAAGGCUUGUCUUUCUGAAUGCAAACAGGACAGUGCUUUGAUAUAGGCAAUAAUGCUGCAUUGCAAUCCAUGAGCUUUGUUGAAAGAUGUAAAUAUCGUAAGAGAUGACUACUUCUGCUGAAUAUCCUUAUGACUUGUCUAAUGUUUGAAACAACUUUGUUAAAAUGAAUAAAUAAGUUUAC